AUGGAGAUCGUAACGGGGGCAAUACCAAGCGUCAUCACCAAGCUCGGUGAUCUCCUUAUUGGGGAGUACAACCUGCAAAAGGGCGUGAAGGGGGAGAUCAGGUUUCUCCAAUCUGAGCUUGAGAGCAUGAAAGGUGCCCUUGACAUGGUCUCUAGCACGCCACUAGACCAGCUUGACAUUCAAGACAAGAUCUGGGCUAGGGAUUUGAGGGAGCUGUCCUAUGAUAUAGAGGACACUAUCGACACAUUUAUGAUGCACGGAAAGGGCCAUGAGUCAGCCAAGCUGCAUGGUAUUAGAAAAUUCGUUGAUAGAAGUGUUGGUUUGUUCAGAAAGGCUAAGAUUCGCCGUGUGAUUGCUACCGAGAUAAAAGACAUCAUGGGUCGUGUCACUGAGGUGCACGAGAGGCGCCUCAGGUACGGUGUUGUUAACAAUGGUGUUGAUAAGCCUACCACAACUACUGUGGUGGACCCUCGUUUAUUUGCUCAGUACACCGACACAAAAGAGCUUGUUGGAAUUGAUGAGUCAAGAGACGAGCUAAUCAAGGUACUGAUGGAUGGUAAUGGAGUACCCUUGCAGCAAGGCAAGAUAGUUUCCGUUGUCGGAUUUGGGGGCCUCGGAAAGACUACUCUUGCCAAAGCAGUGUAUGACAAGAUUAGAGCAUUAUUUGAUUGUUGUGCUUUUGUCUCGGUAUCCCAGACUCCAGACAUCAAGAAAUUAUUCAAGGGAUUGCUCUAUGAUCUUGGCAAAAGCAUCAAUGAAGAAACAUUGGAUGAGAGCCGGCUCAUCAAUCAACUUAGAGAAUUCCUUAAAUCGAAAAGGUAUCUUGUUGUUAUCGACGACAUAUGGGAUAUCUCAGUCUGGAAACUGAUUAAAUGUGCUUUGCCUGAUAAUGAUGUUGGAUAUAUAGUUAUUACAACUACACGUAAUGUUGAUGUUGCUGAAAAAGCCGGUGGUGCUUACAAGUUGAAACCCCUUUCUGAGAAUAACUCAAGGAAAUUACUGUACAGAAGAGUAUUUGGUAAUGAAAACAGCGACAACAGUGAAUACACAGAAAAAUGCCCGGAUGAGUUGGCUGAAUUAUCUGAUAGAAUACUAAAGAAAUGUGCUGGUGUACCUUUGGCUAUUAUUACGAUGGCUGGUCUGCUAGCUUGUAAAGCAAGAAAUAAGAUGGAUUGGUAUGAGGUGUACCAUUCCAUUGGUACCGGUCUCGAGAAUAAUCUUGAUGUGGAGAAUAUGAGAAAGAUUUUGUCAUCUAGCUAUUAUGAUAUGCCAUCCCAUCUAAGGACUUGCUUAUUAUAUUUGAGUAUUUUUCCGGAAGAUUAUAUAAUCGAAAAGGAUCGUUUGAUAUGGAUGUGGAUAGCCGAAGGCUUUAUCCAGUGUGAGAAACAAGGAAAGAGCCUAUUUAAACUUGGAGAGAAUUAUUUCAAUGAGCUCAUAAACAGAAGUAUGAUCCAACCCAUAUAUGGCCUCUAUGACAUUGUAUAUGAAUGUAGUGUACAUGACAUGGUGCUUGAUCUUAUCUGUUUUUUAUCAAGUGAAGCAAACUUUGUGACUAUAUUGAAUGGUAAGGACCAAGUGUCUCCAUCAAGUAAGAUUCGGAGGCUAUCCAUUCAAAAUGGCAAAGAAGACGAUUCUGCGACUCUGACACAUAGGAGCUUGCAACAAGUAAGGUCAGUUGUUGUCCUGGGACCGGUCUCUAGUCUAAUACCAGUUUUUCAAAGUUUCCAAGUUUUACGUGUGUUGGAUUUACAACACUGUGAUCUUUCAGAUGAUAACAGCCUUAAUAAGUGCCUUGGGAAUCUAUUUCACUUGAGGUACCUAGGACUACGUACAACACGCAUCGUGGAGCUCCCUGAAGAAAUAGGAAACUUGCAAUUUCUACAAAUGCUGGGCACUCGGUAUAAUGAAAUUUCUUGCUUGCCAUCAAAUGUUGUUCAGCUUAAACAUUUGAUGUGCCUGGACAUGCACAUGUCAACGAAAGUGCCAAAUGGUAUUGGGAGGCUAACUAGCCUUGAAAAGCUGUCAGUUUUAAGCGUUGAUGAAUCCAAGAUAGGCAUUAUAGAAGAGCUGGGUCAGCUGACGGAACUGAGGGUACUCCAUAUUUCAUUGGAUGAAUGGAAUGACAAGCUUGUCAAGUGCCUACACAAGCUGCAAAAGAUCCAAGAUCUUAUUAUCUUAAGCCAGGAUGAUGAAAGGAACAUCGGUGGAUUGGAUGCCUGGGUCGCCCCUCAACAUCUCUGUAGUUUGUAUACACAAUGGAGCUGCUGGUUCUCAAUGCUGCCGGCAUGGAUGAAACCGUCACUUGUUCCGGGCCUCUGCUGGCUAUCCAUCGCCGUUAGGGAGGUACAGCAGGCCGAUCUCGACAUCCUCGGGAUGUUGCCUGCUCUCCGCUAUCUAAGUCUUCUUGCGGACCAUGAGGAUCUCGGAAUCCUUGUGGGGUUCGUGGUUUGUGCUGGUUCGUAUGCAUGCCUUAGACACUGCCAGUUCCGUGGAUUUGUUGGACCUGUGGUGUUUCAGCAUGGAGCUAUGCCGAGGCUUAGAGGCCUUGAUUUAUGGCUGUCUGUAGGAUGGGCGAGAGAAAUCGCCAGCAGCUAUGGUGGUGCUCUCGACUUUGGCAUAGGGAACCUUGCUUCGCUCCAGGAGGUUUUUGUUUCUUUGGAUUCUGAAGCCGCCAGCGACGAAUUGGUGGCUGCGCUGAAGCAUGCCUUUAAUAUCCACCCCAAUCAUCCACAACUCCGGAUAAACGGGAAACUAGUUGAAAGCACAGGUGUGCUACCCUACCUACCGUAG